GUUUACAUAUUUGUUAAAUCUCGUAAACUUUUCGUUUGUUUUAGGAUAAUAUCAGUUUUCUGAUCUGUUUGUUUAUAAGAUAAAUAAGCGGUGUGAUCAAAGGGAUCUUCAGUAAUUACUUUCAGGUGUUGAAAAUAUUUUUGGAAUAGGAUUAGGGGCUACGAACUACGGAACUUGUGAAAAAUUCGAUCCAGUUUCGAAUCAGGAAGAUGUCUUAAGUUUGAAAUUUCCAUGUGAACUUUUGAUAAAAUGUCUAUGAAGAAAGAUCGUCGUCGUGUUUUGGCAGCGAUAUGGGGCACGCCAACUCGGUACCACCUGGAUUUUUUCGAUGAGGGAGCGGAAGUGAUCAUCACCUGUAACACCCCAGAGGUUUCCAACUGGUGGCUCGAAACCCUAAAAAAGAAAUACCCCUCUGUCAACUGUCUAGAGAAGAAUGAAAUUAUUAAACUGAAGCCUAUGACCAAUGUCACUUUAAAAUUGAAUAAAGAAAUUGGAAUGCUCAAAGUAACAGGAAAGAACCAUUGGCAAUGGAUAGUAGAAUGUUUAGGAGAUUUAUUAGAAGAAGGAUCCCUAGAAGAAACAGAAACAAUGGUGUCCAUGUCUUCCAAUUCAGUGUCCAGAUUUUUACAGCUGGAUAAACUAGAAGAAGAUAUUCAAGACUUAUUAGAUAUGAUACCAGAUGGAGGGGGCAUAAUGACCCACGAUUUUAUAAUGAAAUUAUGGAAGACAUUACUAAAUGAUUGGUUUGGAGUUGGGGCUUGUGUUUAUGUGGUGACCCCUAACAUAGACUCAGAGCGCUUGUUUCAAUGCAUGUUGCUAAUGAUACGUAACAAAGGAACUGGAUUUAAGUGCACCCUUAUUACACCAGCAAGCCCUUUACAUGGAGAAAAAUUUGAAAAAAUUUUGGAGAAAACCAAACGACGCAUGAAAGAAGUGAAAACUCCACAGCAUAAAAGACUAUUGAGUGACGUUAAAAUUCAGUGGGUUUUGGAUUCUUUGGAUGUGCGCCAUGAAAACUUUUCGACGAAUUUCGUAGCAGCGUAUAAGAAUGAAGAAGCAGAGGUUUUAACGACUACAGCACAUUUUCAUAAAACUCAUUUUCAUUUUAAUCAAAGAGACAAUGUUUGCUAUAAUCAACUGUCUACCAGCGAUCUCAAACGCAACUAUUUGUUUCCCCUUGGCAUUGGUAGUAAUGUUAUUUAAAUUUAAAUAUAUUUCGUGGGGGCUAUGCUCAAAAUGGUUGCUAAUAUGCCAAUCUUAUUAAACUGUCGCUGUUGUGCCUGCAUUAAGGUGAAGGCAUUCGAAAAAAAAUUGAUAAUCUUUUGAUUUUAUGGAUUGGAAUAUUUUCAUGAAC